GUCCAAGCGCCGGGCGCGUACAGUUGUCUCUUGGAUGCCGCCGCGUACGCGACACUCCAACCCUUGAAAUGUACGAUUUGCUUUCGUAAGUUCAUUACAUAAAAUGUAAUGUUUCAGUGGACUACAGCUCUUCGACAGAACUUUAUUGUGUAAAUAAAAGUGCGGCUGACGCGAGUGAGGCGAACUUUAGUGAUCGUGAUGCAAAUAAUAAUUUCUUCGCUUUUUGGGCUCGCGCUUUUGCAAGCACCAAAAUUGACGCGCGGCGAAGAUUUUGGAUACGAUGGAGUUAUAGGACCAAACCACUGGGGCGAGCGUUACCGGGAGUGCGCGGGCAAGCACCAGAGCCCGAUCAACAUCAACGUGCUCCGCGUCAAGCAGGUCACGCUGCCUGACAUCGUCUUCGUCGGCUUCGAUGACUCUAUCGACGGAGUGCAUGUCACCAAUAAUGGACAUACGGUGCUGAUAGAGGUGGAGAAUGAGCCACAUCCUCGCGUCCGCGGGGGUCCUCUAGAAGGCGACUACAUUUUCAGCCAAAUGCACUUCCACUGGGGAGACAACGACACCUUCGGCUCGGAAGACAAGAUCAACCAUAGAAGUUUCCCAAUGGAGUUGCACAUGGUGUUCUUCAAAGAAGAGUACAAUAACAUGAAGGAAGCUGUUCUACACCCAGAUGGCUUGACAGUGCUGGCUUUCUUUUAUGAGCUGGAUCGACACCUACACCCGGCAUAUGACGAGAUCACGUCAGCCCUCGAAAACGUUACGGAGCCGCACACUACCGUGAUCAUGAACAAUCCUUUCUCGUUCCUGAACAUCCUGCCCUACGACCUGCGGAGGUACUUCACGUACCGAGGCUCGCUGACCACGCCGCCUUGUUCCGAAGUGGUCAUCUGGCUGGACUUCGAGCAACCUAUAAGACUGGCCCAUGAUCAGAUAGAAGCAUUCAGGGAACUGAAGUCCACCCACGGCAAGAUAACGCACAACUUCAGGCCCAUUCAACCGAUCGGCGACCGGGUGGUAUUCUACAAUAUUGAUAACAACUACUUCAGCUACAACGAAUUAGACGACCCCGACGACCAAGAUGCCACCACCUCUAAACCGUCGCGGCGAAAACACGGACACAACAACGCCUUUACUAAUAUCCCACGCGAAAGCAUACUUAUGCUUACGUUAGCUCUACUAUGUUAUUUAUAAAGAUUGCCCUUUUGUAGUUAAUGAUAUUUAAUACCCUGGCUGAGAGCUGUUUUAAGUUUGCCAAAUCAAUUAUGUAGUGUAAUAUCCGUAUUAAUUAUUAUCACAUUUUGUUUAUUUAUACCAAAUUAAUGCUAGGUAUUCCCGAAAGCGCCUGCUAACAAAUUCACAUUGUUGUUUUAUUUCAUGACAGCUGGCACAAAGAUAUUGGUUUGCUUAGAAAUUGUUUCUAAAUAGAUGUUUUUGAUAAUA